AUGCCUUCAGUUCGGGUUGCGCUCGCCGGUGCCACUGGAAACAUUGGAACUCCCGUUCUCGAAGCCCUCCUCGGCUCGGACUUCAAUGUAACGGCUCUCUCACGUAUAGGUGGGAAUUCAUCCAAACUGAAGCCUCACCCUAACCUUACCAUCAAAGAGGUCGACUUCAACUCCGUUGAGUCCCUAGCCGCCGCGCUGGUAGGGGUUCAAGUUGUCAUCUCUUGUGUGGCGACAUUGGCGAUGGGAGAUCAAAAUCCCCUGAUCGACGCCGCAGUUGCGGCAGGUGUGAAGCGAUUCAUUCCAGCGGAGUUCGGCAUAGAUUCUAUGAAUCCUCUAUGCAGGCAGCUCCCCAUCGUAGGCGUGUCUAAGGUAAAAACACAGCAGCGUCUCCAGGAGAAAUCUAGAUCCAAUCCCGGGUUUACCUACACCGCAAUCGCCAAUGGUCUAUUCCUAGAUUGGUGUCUUGAGGAGAACAUUAUCCUGAACAUACCUCAACAUACUGCAACUCUAUACAACGGCGGCGAUGUAAAAUUCAGCGCCUCGCUUCUAUCCGACAUUGCCAAAGCUGUUUUGGGCGUCAUUGCACAUCAGGACGAGACGGUAAACCGCGUGGUCUAUAUCCAUUCGGCGCUCGUUACUCAAAACCAGCUAAUCCAGUACGUAAAGGAGAAGGAUGGGAAAAAAUGGAACACGAUUGUUAAAGAUACAGAGGAGCUUAAACAAGAAAGCUUAGCGGCACAAGCCGAAGGUUCCAAGGGAGGCAUAGAAGCUGCAACACUCGGGUUUUCCCUGUGUGGCAUGUUUAAUUCUGACUACGGCUGUGAUUUCUCCAGUCACUUGGACAAUGAAUUGUUAGGCAUAAAGGAAUUGAAUGAAGACGAGCUGAGGAAGCUGGUGGAAAGUUUCUUGUGA